CAUCCGGAUCCAGUAAAGAAAAGGUUUUCUUUUUUCCUUUUUCUGCUCCUGGUUCAACCCCUUACGAAACCCUACCGCGCGCACCCUCCUCUCGGCUCCCAGUCUCCCACCCUCUCUGGCGUUCGGCGGCGGCGGUUGAACGGCGGCCGGCACCGGCGGAUCUGCAGUUUUCUGAAGAAUUGCGUCUGUCCGCCCUUGUUGCAGAGCAAUCCGAGAAUGGCUUGGGGUCAGGGUGCUAGAAGGCCCAUACUAGGGCUUCUGUCUCGUGCUCAACGACAAGCCGCUCGAGGGUAUACUUCUGCAACGUUCGAAACUCAUCUGUCGAGCAAUCAUUUUGCCCAAAAUGGCAUGAUUCGUAGGAGAUUUAGCUCUGAGGUGCCUGCUUCGGAGCAAAUGAAUCUUAUUAAACAACUACGCGAAAGAACGUGUGCCCCGAUCAAAGAUGUCAAAGCUUCGCUAGUCAGUUGCAACUGGGAUAUUGAGGAUGCACAAAAGGAUCUAAGGAAAAGAGGGGUGAUAUCUGCUGCCAAAAAGUCGUCAAGGACUGCUGCUGAAGGUUUGCUAGCUAUCGCACAAGAUGAGAAAAGGGCUGUUGUGGUCGAGCUAAACUGCGAGACUGACUUUGUGGCAAGAAAUGAUGUGUUCCAGUAUCUGGCUUCAUCCUUGGCAAAGAUGGCUUUGUCAGCACAGGAUCCCGGCAAAUUGGUUUUUCCUUUUGCUCCUGCAUAUUUGGAGAACAUGAGUAUUAACCUAGAUCAUCCUAAACUCAGUGGUGAAACAACUGUUCAAAAUGCUGUUACAGAAGUCGCUGCCAUGGUUGGGGAGAAUGUAAAACUCAGACGAGGUUUCAUGUUGUCCACGACUGGACAUGGUGUCGUUUCAUCUUAUCUGCAUACCUGUCCUCAGCCAGGUUUGGGCCGCAUUGCUGGAUUGAUUACAUUAGAAGCAGAAGAUAGCAGUGCUUCCCUUGAUGCUCUCAAGAGAGUUGGGUCGUCUAUCGCAAUGCAUAUUGUUGCAGCAAAACCAUUAUUCUUAUCAAAAGAAUUGGUUUCUGCUGCAGCUUUAGAAAAUGAACGUGACGUGCUCCGAACUCAGGCUGAAAGUUCAGGUAAACCCCAAAUGGCCAUAGAGAAAAUGGUGGAGGGCCGAUUGAGGAAGUAUUUUGAAGAUGUCGUGCUUUUGGAGCAAAAAUACGUUGUUAAUGAUAGCACAAACAUUAAGACUCUGCUGAAUGAUUUGUCAAAGGAGGUUGGUUCGAAAGUAACAAUUGGCAAUUUUAUCAGAAUGGAAGUUGGAGAAGGAAUUGAGAGCAGACCUGAGGAAACAGCUAAAAAAGAAGCUAUGGCUUGUGCUGCGUAAAUUGCGAGCUGAGAUGAAUCAAAUGCAUUGGUUCCUUUCUCCUGAUAAUUAACAUGGGCUCUCAUCUUUUGUCCAAGGGGAUGUUUUUUCUGCAAAUGUAUAAAUGCCCAUCAAUCAAUUAGCUAGAUGUUGGCAAACAAGUUAAAGAAACAUUGUGGUAAAUUGAAUCAAACUGAAUAAUGUACGACUGAAACGAAAGGCCACGCGUGCUGAGACCUGCAAGGCUGCAAAUGUUGGGGUUUGCUCGCUAUUUGUCUGAUUGAACUGCGGUGUGAUCGAAUAAAGAUUGCAAUAGCUCAAAGAAAA